AUGCAUCAUGGGUAUUCAGAUUACGGUAGGCAUCACUGGGAUUCAGAUCAUGGUAUGCAUCAUGUGGAUUCAGAUUACAGUAUGCAUCACGGGGAUUCAGAUUACGGUAUGCAUCACGGGGAAUCAGAUUACGGUAUGCAUCACGGGGAUUCAGAUUACGGUAUGCAACAUGAGGAUUCAGAUCAUGCGAUGCAUCAUGGGUAUUCAGAUUACGUUAUGCAUCACAGGGAUACAGAUUAUGAUAUGCAUCAUGUGGAUUCAGAUUAUGGUAUGCAUCAUGGGGAUUCAGAUUACGGUAUGCAUCACCGGGAUUCAGAUUACGGUAUGCAUCAUAGGGAUACAGAUUAUGCUAUGCAUCAUGAUGAUUCAGACUACGGUAUGAAUCAUGGGGAUUCAGAUUAUGGUAUGCAUCAUGGGGAUUCAGAUUACAGUAUGCAUCAUGGGGAUUCAGAUUACGAUAUGCAUCACGGGGAUACAGAUUACGGUAUGCAUCACUGGGAAACAGAUCAUGGUAUGCAUCAUGGGGAUUCAGAUUACGGUGUGAAUCAUGGGGAUUCAGAUUAA